AUGGCAGUAGUAUUUCGGAGGCAUUUCCAGCGGAUAAUACUUAACUCUAGAAAAAUUAUGACUACCGGUUUCGACUUGAAUAAAGCAAAAGAUGACCUGGAAAGCAAUCCCUAUUUCAAUAAGUAUGCUGAUAAGAUUCGCCAGAUUCAGAAUGCUGAUCCAGAAGAAUUUUUGAAGAAGCUGAAAGCUUGCCAAGAGAAAAAUAAAGAGAUUAAAGUAGAAACGAAGAAGGUGGUAUAUGGAGAUAAAAAAAGUCCUAGUGUCAGUCAAGUAAAACAAACUAGAAAGUUAGAUGAGAUAAUGAAAACAAGCCUGCUUGAAAAUAAAUCCAAAGAAGAAAUAAUUAGUAUAUGGAAUGAAUUUCAUAAAGGUAAAAAUGUUGUUUAUGGAACUUUAACAUCCGAUGCUUACAGAACUAUAAGAAAAUAUGGUGAAAAGUAUGUCACCUUCCUUCUGCCACUUCCUAGGGGUGAGGGUUAUGAGUUUAUAAUGCUACAAUUUGAAAAUAAUGAAGUGCAUUUUACUCCUCUCAUUUCGUAUCAAACACAUAAAGCUGAUGCUCCAGAAUGUCUUACUGUUGUCUAUUAUGCUGAUCUUUCAGAAACUAAAGAUGUUGUUCUUAUGAAAGGUGAAUUUGACAAAAACAUUUUAUCAUCUGUUGAAUCUCAAUGCCUAAUUAAUCAACUUCAUCUGUAUUACGGAGAAAAUGAUGAUAAACGAAUUAGGCAAAUGGAUACCUUUAACAACAAUCCUGAUAGUUUUCGAUACAUGGACCUUAUUGCAGAAAUGGAUCUCAUUCCCCUGAAAAGUCAAUCAGCAACAAAAAAAUAA